AUGCCCCAGCACAAGGCUUUAGUUGGGCCGCACACAACCCACACUUCACCCACACGAUACCACCCAAUUCCAAGCCAGGACGGCUUCUUCAGUGGUCGUGCCUACAGGAGCUCAAGUCGAGAAUCGAGAGAAAGGGAGCAGAAUCGAGAGAUCGGGCGAGGACAGGUGGCCGGCUCGAAGCCAUCCAAGGGCUCAACCAUCAAGCAUGCCAUCCGUUCGCCACUUUUGUCCUUCCCUCAUCCUCGGAGAAACCCCAAGGAUGCCAAACGACAUUACACUGAUAUGCAGUGUCCUCCAGCGGGCAAACGCCAUGACAGCGAUGCCAACGCGAAGACUACGACAAAGGCAAUGGGACAAACAGGGCUACACCAAGGCACUUGGGUGCAAGAAUAGGGCCAAAGGCGGAAACGGGACCGGCACCAGACAGUUGUCCGGACGGUUUGAACCAACCCAACCAAAGGAUCGUCAAAGGAACUGGCCAUGACUCAUCUAUCAAAGAUAAGCCUAUUUGUUGUGGAGAUAGCUGGGCUUCGGAACCAAAGGACAAACGGGGCAAGAGAGAGAGAGAAAGGCGGGUACAGGGUCGUAGCUGUUGUUGCCGAGGCAAGGGCAAGGAAGUCGUAAUAUCGGGAACUGGACGGCUCGAAACUUGAUGGGUGGGCAAAGGGGACGGUUGCGGACGUCGUAUACAUGGACAAAGCAACGGAAUCAAGGGUCGUUCAAGAGGGGGGAGCAAGAGAGAUCAUCGUACUGCAGCGACCCCCAAUACGGGGACGCAGGGAUCGUGGCGCAGUCGUGCU